AAACUUUCAAGGGGGACUUUGUUCCAAAUUAGGGACAGUCCCUCAAAAUCAGGGACAGUUGGGAUCUAUUGCGGAUGUUGGCCAUGAGUGUCACAUUAAUAUUCCAUCUCUGAGAAUUUUUUGACCAGGUCUUGGUCCUGGUCUACACCAAAGCAAGGGUAUUAUUUACCUUUAGUCAAAGCCGCAGAGUUUGUUUUUAUCUAGAGGCGCCUCUUACCUGCAUAUGCAGUGUUAUGUUUUCUAGUUGGUAUGAGCGCUCAUUGGAAUUGUUAUGUAGGUGAUAGAAAGAUAAUGGUUCUGUGUUUAGUCUGUAUUGCUGUUGAGCCAAGAAUUAGAUGCUCAUCACAGUACAGUUCCCCUUACAGUGAAUACUCUAUAUGACAAAAGGUACAUGUUUUCAUAUAUGUUUGAACAAUUGUCAGGUCUAACAAGUCUUCUCCUGUCACUGUAAUAUGUUCCGCAUACAAUAUAUGUGGGGGUGGCCUCCCUGGAAUGAAGGCUGCGCUAGCAUUGCAAAUCUCUCAAGCAUCGUCAUAGUUUAUUGUAAAGUGCAGAAGUUUGUUUGUAACCCAGGACUGGACUGUUUCCUUAGUGUAUAAGACAUGUAUCUAACAGAUCCAGUUACAAUUAUCCUGUUCAUUGCUACCUGUUUUUUUCUGGCAAUUAUUUUAUAUGGACAGAAGAAGAAGGUUCAUCCAAAUUAUCCUCCAGGACCUCCAACUUUGCCAAUUAUUGGAAAUAUGUACAUGAUAAAUAUGAAGAAACCAUACCUGACAUUUUACGAGCUUGCUAAGAAAUAUGGCCCAGUGUAUAGUUUACAAAUAGGGCCACAGAAGAUGGUUGUGCUGUCUGGCUACGAGACGGUGAAAGAUGCUCUGGUCAAUCAUGCCGAGGUCUUUGCCGAUAGACCACAUAUCCCGAUUUUCACAGAGUUAACUAAGGAAAAAGGUCUUUUGUUUUCUAAUGGUGAUAUCUGGAGAGCCAUGAAACGAUUCACUCUUUCUGCUCUGCGAGAUUUCGGGAUGGGAAGCAAAAUGAUAGAAGAUAAGAUCACUGAAGAAUGCAAAUGUCUGGUAAACAUGUUCAAAGCCUACGGAGGAAAACCAUUUGAAAAUUCCACGGUGGUGACUGCUGCUGUGGCCAAUAUCAUUGUCUCUAUCGUACUGGGAUAUCGCUUUGACUAUGAUGAUCCAAAACUGUGCAGGCUUGUGACAAUUAUUAGAGAAAAUAUCAGAAUCAUAGGCUCUCCAAUGGUACAGUUGUACAAUACAUUUCCAUCCCUGUUCCGAUUGUUUCUUGGAAGCCAUAAAAAAGUCUAUACAAACCUUGAUGAGCUGCAAGCGUUUAUUACAAAAACCGUCACCAACCAGAAGAACGAACUGGAUGUUAAUGAUCAGAGGAGUUUAGUUGAUGCUUUCCUUGUCAAGCAAAAAGAGGAAAAGCCAAAUCCCAAGUUACAUUUCACGGAUGUAAAUUUGGUAUUUCUUGUGUCGGAUAUAUUCGCGGCUGGAAUGGAAGCAUCUGCAACAGUCCUCCGAUGGGGCCUCCUGCUAAUGGCAAAAUACCCUGAAAUCCAGAAAAACGUUCAGAAUGAAAUAGAAAAAGUAAUUGGUUCAGGAGAACCUUGUCUGAUGCAUAGAAAGCAGAUGCCAUAUACUGAUGCCGUCAUCCAUGAAAUCCUAAGAUUUGGUAAUAUUGCACCUACAGGUGUUCCACAUUCUACUACUCAAGAUGUGACUAUAAAAGAAUUCUUCAUACCUAAAGGGACUUCAGUUAUUACAUUACUAUAUUCUGUACUAAAAGACAAAAAGUAUUUUGAGAAACCAGAUGAGUUCUACCCUCAGCAUUUUUUGGACUCCAAUGGAAACUUUGUUAAAAGUGAAGCGUUUAUAUCAUUUUCUGCUGGUAAGAGAAGUUGUGUCGGGGAGAACUUGGCUAAAAUGAAGCUGUUCCUCUUCUUUACCACACUGCUGCAAAACUUCACGUUCCAGGCUCCCCCAGGAGCUACAUUAGACCUCACAGGCGAUGCUGGCUUCGCAAUUGCUCCGUUGAAGCAUGAGAUAUGUGCAAUUCCUCGGUAACUGAAGUGAACCACCACCUCAUAUCUACAUCACAUAACUUAUAACCCCUGCAAGCUAUACGAGAUGGAUAAACUAGAGUCACUCACAUGUUACAAAUGUCUUCAGGAGCAAGGUAGACUUCUACACAUGGCUUGGGACUGCCUCCUUCUGGUCUGAGGUUACUGGAUUAAUUGUUGCUGUCAAAAACAAGUUGGUAUUUGUUGGGAUAUUUUGAAGACUCUCGUGUGUCUAACUCAAAACGGAAUAGUUGGAAAAGUAUUAGGCUGGGUUCACACUAUUGUGAAUUGGAUGUGGAUUUCUCUGCAUCAAUUCGCAUGUCAGGACUGGAGAUUGUAACCAGCUCUCUAUGGGGCCGGUUCACACAUUUUCAGAGCAGCUCCGGAACGAAUUGCACAAGAAUUCUGUGUGUCUUCUGGUCUGUUUUAUGUCAGAAUUCAGCCAAAAAGACUGAAAUCGGACCUGAAACGGUAAACAGGGACGCACCGGUCUCCUGCUGUGAGCCACAUCUGUUUGGCAGUGUAAACCCAGCCUUAAUCUAGCUUUCCCAUUAUAUAAACUACAGCGCCUUGAAAAAGUAUUCAUAUCCCUUGAAAUUUUGCACAUUUUGUCAUGUUAC